CUCAUUUAAAAUUGAUAAUUCUACGCAUAAUAUAAGCUGCGAAUACGUUACCACGUCAGUGUGUAGGUCGAGUUAUAAAAACAGAGAGCGGCGGCAACGACAAACACGUGAAUUUCCCCCUCCAUUAUCAACCGUUGAUCGUUUCUCUCUCAAGAAAAUGAAAAUAUAAUUCUGUAACCAACAAACAAACACGGAGCAUAUCAUUAUCAUCUGGUCUGGAAAAUUACCGGAGCCAAGUCUUGUCUUCUCUCCCCCUUUUAAACCCUAGCAUGGAUACGCUCCCGAUCACAACCUUAUUGUGUUAAGAUUCGUUAAGCCAAAUGGAAAAAGGGUAAAAUUUUCGGAUGAGUGCUCUUUCGCUGAUAUAGGCCGCUGGUUAAGGUUGGUGGAUCAGUGGAUGAUUACUAUGUGUAGAGAAGUGGUGGAUUCUUUAAGGUUAAACUUUUCCUCAUAAGCACUCAAUGGACCGAGAUUUGGGAGACACGUCGCUUGAGUCACACUCAAACGCAACACAGAGAUUGAAUGUGGGGGUCAUAAGUAAUAGAAAAAAGUUACCCAAAAACUAUUUAGUUACUACAGCCUCUGAGCACUUUACAUCGAAGGCUUUGAAGUGCAUUACAUCAGUCAAGAAAUGUGUACGAACUGGUGGAGCUGUGGAUAAUGUUGUUAUGUUUUUUAUCACAACUGCUGCUUUAGAAGUUCUGAGGAGGUUCUCCAAGUCAAAGUGUCCUUUCAUUUGGAAUGGCCUCCAGGCAUUACAAGCUAUAUGUUAUCCACCGUUGAAGUGGAUGCAGAAAUGGAUUCCUUUCAAGCCUCUAGCCAAAGAAAUGCAGAAAAUCUCUGGACCAAUGUUAUUUCUUUCAAUUGCAACACUUUUCUCCGAUGACUCGUCACCAAGUGAAGACCCGUCAUAUGAUUCUAAUGUUUCUCGAACACCUAAAUCUCAGCUACAGCUUUCAGAGACAAGCUGCUAUCACAAUGGGCCAGAUGUUUACCAUUCUGAAAAUUGGUUGCUUGCCCUCCAUAACAAGCUCGAAAUGGAAGAUAUUACUCUACCUGAGAGGAUUGAUGAUGACUACAUUCGUCGCUUUUAUGCUUCAACUAGAGGCGAUUUUCAAAGGACCAUGUCAUUGGUCAAGAAGACAAUUCAGUGGAGGCAGAGUUACACUUUCCUCUCAGCAGAAGAGCUAGGUGCUUGGUCUAAUGUUAUCUUUUGGCAUGGAUAUGAUUCAAGGAAACUUCCUUGUCUCAUCAUUCGACUCGGACUUGCUUGCUCCAACCUUAAAUCCACUGAGAGACACAUUUUAGGAAAAGUUAUUGUUUCACAGAUAGAACAUGGAGUUGUGAGUUUUGUUGAUACAGAGCAUCCUCAGAUUGUGGUGUUAAUGGAUUGUGAUGGACUGUCGCCUCUUGGGUUCCCUAUCCAGAUGAUGAGAUCUUGUGCCACCCUUCUCCAAGACCAUUAUCCUAACCAUCUUUACUUAUUGAUGGUCAUACGCAUUCCUCGUGUUGCCCAUGUAAUAAUGCAGACUCUUCUCCAGGUUCUGAGACCAGCCACUAGGAAGAAAGUUGAGAUCAUAGGAAGGAACUAUGAGGAGUAUCUCUCAAAGAAGCUGGAGUCGGUCCCUAUCUUCCUUGGUGGAAAUUGCUCGUGCUCAAAAUGUUUGCCUCAAAGGAUUCCAGAGGUCACUGUUGAAGAAAUCCAGUUGACAGCUUCUUCCUCCACUGCACACAACUCCAAUGACGACAAUGACAACACCCCUGAAUUUCACGGUCAAACAGUUUCUUACAUGAAUCCUAGGUUUUAUCCUCUGACGAAGGAACCACUUAUAAAGAUCAUUAUCAUAGGUGUAGUUAUGCUUUGGAUCUUAGUUGCCAUGAUUUUGGGAACUAACAAUUCAGAAUAUUAGGGUGCCAUCUGUCUACUGGAGAGUACAUGUUAUUCUUCUUGUUAGUCUCUUCCCUAUUUUUCGCUGUAGUGAUUAGUAUACUAUCUUUGCUAUCAUCACCUUUUUAAAUAAUAAUAAUAAUGAUGAUAAUGCCUUCAUU